CUUCCGCUUCCGGCGGCGGCGGCUGCGCGAUGGCGGCGGCGCCGGACUCGUCCUCGGCGGCCGCUGCGCCCGGCGGGCUGGUGGUGUUGGCCUCGGCUCGGGCCUUGUCCUCGCCGCCUCUGGCUCCGCCGGGCGCCCGGGAGGCGCAGCGCCUGCUCCGACUCCAGCUGAGCGCGGCUCCCGGCCCGGAGCGCUUCCGCCUCGGCCUGCGCGGCGGCCCGGACUCCGGCCCUGAGCCGGGCCUGGUGGAGGAGUACGGGCUGCGUGAGAUCUCCUACGAGGCCCGGAGCGGCACCUGCCACGAGCUGAAGGUCCUGGCCCGGCCCGACCACCCGCUGCUCUUUCACUUCGAGGACGAGCAGGAGGCGCAGGCCUGGUGGGCGGCGGUCAGCAGCUCCCUCCGCGAGGUGCAGAAAGAAGGAAGCACUGGGCUCACUGGACGCCCCCCUGCCCAGCCUUUGGCCACCCCGACCGCCCUUCCCGUGGAGACAGCAAAGAAAGAAGACCUGGUGGUCCAUCUUUCUGCAGCCAUCGAACUUGGAAACGAGGAGGAGGCCAUGCGGUGCGCUUCCUUGCUUGCCCAGCAGCACACAGCCCUGCACAUCCAGCUGAAGGAGUCCUGCUACCCUGCCAGCCAGAUCAGCAUGAAGGUGCAAGUGGAAGACGCCUCCUGCUCCGCCAACAUCACGGCCCGGGUCCACACGCACACCACAAUCGCUGCCCUCAGGCACCAGGUCUUUCAGGAUUAUGGAUUCCACCCCACUGUCCAGCGCUGGAUUAUUGGGCAAUGCCUGUGUGUGGACAACCGAACGGUUGGGUCCUAUGGAAUCCGGAAGGAUGGCGAUACGGCCUUCCUCUACCUGCUCUCAGCUAAGGGAGCCAACCUCUCCGAGCAGCGUUACAAGGAGGACAAGGACUGGGUGGUGCUCCAGCCACCCCCCUCCUCCAUCCCUGGCAGCUCUGACGGCCGGCACAGAGGCAUAGCCAGUUCUUUGCCGAACAAAGGCGGGAAAGAGCCCAACAGGAAGACGGACAUUGGAGAGAUCACUCGCUUCCUGGACUCUGUGCAUAUGAGUAAAAUCCUUCCGUGCCGCACUCGAUCCCCCACGAUCCCAGCUGCUGGCCCCAAUUCUCCUGUGCAGGCCGGCUGGUCAUGUCCCACCUGCACGUUCAUCAACAAGCCCACCCGCCCCGGCUGCGAAAUGUGCAGCACUGACCGCCCUGCUGGCUAUGUGGUCCCUGGGAGCUACCGGCCAGACGAGGUGGAGCGCUGGCGGAUGCAGCAGGAGAAGGAGGGCAUCCUGCAGUAUCAGAAGGCUCGGGAGCAGGAGCGGCGGCAGAAUUUCCAGCAGCUGUGCCAGCUGGAGGACGAGGCUUUGGUGCCCAACCAGGAGGAGAUGGAAUGCCGGAUCUGCUACCUGAAGGUGGAGCCGGGCAACGGGGUGAUGCUGAGAGAGUGUCUGCACAGCUUCUGCAGAGACUGCCUGCGCCAGCUGGUCAACUGCAACCAGGACCCCCAGGUGUCCUGUCCCUUCCGGGACGAUUCCUACGCCUGCACCAGCCACCUCCAAGACCGGGAGAUCCGGGCGCUGGUGACCUGGGCCGAGUACGAGCGCUUCCUGGAGCACCGGCUGGCUGUGGCCGAGAGCCGGGCGCAGAACAGCUACCACUGCCGGAUGGCCGACUGCCUCGGCUGGUGCGUCUACGAGGACGACGUCAACGAGUUCCGCUGCCCCAUUUGCUGGGCCCUGAACUGCCUCGUCUGCAAGGCCAUUCACGAGGGCAUGAACUGCAAGCAGUACCAGGAUAAGUUACGCUCCCAGGCUCACAAUGAUGCUGCUGCCCGGGAGACUAACAACAUGCUGAAGACGCUGGUGCAGCUGGGGGAGGCCAUGCACUGCCCCGCCUGCCGCAUCGUGGUGCAGAAGAAGGGCGGCUGCGACUGGAUCAGGUGCCCCGUCUGCCAGACAGAGAUCUGCUGGGUGACCAAAGGGCCACGUUGGGGGCCGGGGGUACGUGUCCUCAGUGGGGAGAAGGCAAGGAGGGCCAAAGUCUUCCUGCUGGGGAGGGGGCUAAGGCACCCCCUGCCCAGGGAGCAGGCCAGGCCCCUCCCUGCUCUUGUGCUGUCCCAAACCACCCAGCCGCUGAGCCUAGUUGUCCUCUGGGGAGCCCACAGGUCUUCUGCCUGGGUCCGAUAGUGUGGAGCUCUUGUAACAAUGGGCCAUUUCCGCAUUUUAGAAGGCAGGUGUGUGUUUUUGUGUGUCUGCGCACAAGUGCAAAGACAUUUGUGAACAAACCUGAACCAAAACCGCUCUGGCCCCUUCUGACCAGCCUGUCUGAUACUUCAGAAAGGGGGAGAGCAGCCCACCUCGGAAGGUGCGGAAGGGGCCACUGGGUCCCCCCCCCCAUCCCAAAGGGUCCAGGAUAGCUGAUGCUGCACCACCUCUGGCCCGCCUGCCCACACAGGGAAGAGCAGCCCGGGAGUUAAGCGCUGGGAGUAAAGCAGGCUGCUGAGCAGGGCCUCUGGAUCUCACAAGCUGCUGCCUGCCUCCCCAAAGGCUGGUGGGCCCCGACGCAGCCUGGCUUCUUUCCGCCAAUUGCCGAAGCGGCUCCCUUCUGAGCCCCAUCAGAUCACCUGCCCCAAAGCAGGCAGGGGCCAGGAUAGCCAGGCCUCAGGAAGACGGCAGGCUUUGGGAAACCGGGCCUCAGCGUCUCCCAGGGGUGCAGUUGCAGAACACAAAGGGGGCAG